UUUUAGAGCAGAGCAGCCCGUCUGCUGGGAGAGAGACGGAGGAAAAGUUAGUCAAGAUGGCAAGUCCCACAGACCCGGAGUGAAGGGGCACCGCUCCCCGAAAAGCUGAGCCUGUCGCCCGUCCUGAGACAAACCCAGCGAUGCUAACUGCGCCGGCCUAAGAGGGAUUCCCUGAAGAAAAAUGCCAGUGAGGCUGAAGCUGAUGUGACACAGCUUGUGCUGGAAGAAAGCUGACUCAUCAAAUAUCAAUCCCUCUGAGAGCAACUAAGCAGCCGAGAGCAGCUCAUAUCACCUAAAGCCUUGCUAGAAGAGCACCUCGCACCACCGAGAGAUUAUCAGACAAGGAGAAGGCGGUGUGGAACCCCCCCAUCCCCACCCCAGCAGGAAUAUAUCCAACAUCAGCUGCGGGCGAAACACAUUUUUGGCAUCAGCCUGACAGAGACUGCUGACCUACUAAUAAUGACACAGCUAAGAAUACAGCGCUUCAGCUGAACUUCACUGACAGACCUCCUUUGCCACGUGUGCCAACCACCACCCUUCGUUAAUUGAACCUGAACCUUUGGUGUGAAGCUUAGUGAGGGUUUUGCUCCUGCACCUCUCAGCCCAGCCCGGCACCGCCACAGUCCGCCCGCCUUCAUCCCACCUCACAGACCAUGAUGUUUCGCGAUCAGGUGGGCGUGCUAGCCAGCUGGUUCAAGGGGUGGAACGAGUGCGAGCAGACGGUGGCUCUGCUGUCCCUGCUAAAGAGGGUGAGCCGGACCCAGGCCCGCUUCCUGCAGCUCUGUCUGGAGCACUCCCUGGCCGAGUGCACCGAGCUGCAGGUCCUGGAGGGAGAAGCCAACAAUCCAGGUGUAAUCAGCCAGUGGCAAGGUGAGCCUAAGGAGCGCGUCAUCUCACUUGUCCUCACCCAUCUCCCGCUGCUCAAACCCGGCAACAUUGAAGCCAAGGGCGAGUACAUGCGGCUGCUGCCACGCAUCCUGGCCCACACCAUCGAGCAUGGACACCACCUGGAGGAGUCCCGCCAGCUCCUGUCCUACGCCCUCAUCCACCCUGCCACCUCGCUGGAGGACCGGGCCGCCCUGGCACUCUGGCUGAACCACCUGGAGGAGAGGGCGGCCGCACGGGGAGACUCCCUGGAAAGGCCUCCUCCUUCUGGGCCGCACCACCACCACCAUCAGUCCACCCCUCCAUCCACCCUCACCUCGUCAGGAUCCUCCUCCUCCACUAACACGUCUUCAUCGGGCAAUCCGUACUCCCUGCAUCACCACCAGCGCUACGGCUCAGACGACCGGCUCAAUGGGUGGCAGAGCUCCAGGGACUCGGGGAUGGGCGGAGGCUGGCAUCAGCAGCAGCAGGGCUGUGAGAACGGGCACCUCCUGCUCUACCCAUCAUCCUCUGUGCCGGCGACCAUCAACACAGUUGGAACGGGUGGAGGCAGUAACACUAUCCUGACCAGUGGAAGUGGCAGCCAGCAGCACAGUCCAUUAAAGCGCUCCGUGUCCCUCACGCCUCCCAUGAGCGGCCCCAGCAACCAGCCUCUGGGCCACGUCUGGUUGUCCCAGGAGGACCUGAGGACCGCUAGAGGCCCGGCUCCGGACCACGCUCCCCUCUCACCCCAGAGCAGCAUCGCCUCCUCAGGCAGCGGAGGCAGCGAGCACCUGGAGGACGCCGGUUUAGGAGGAGGUUCAGGCCUCCAUCGCAGCUCCUUCCACGAGGAGGGCAGCGGCAUGAGGGAUGUUCCUGCUUGGCUGAAGAGUCUCCGCCUCCAUAAAUACGCCACUCUGUUCUCCACGAUGACCUACGAUGAGAUGAUGUCACUGACUGAAGAGCAACUAGAGGCACAGAAAGUCACGAAAGGAGCAAGACACAAGAUUGUUAUCAGCAUUCAGAAGCUGAAAGAGAGGCAGAACCUCCUUCGCAGCCUGGAGAAGGAUGUGUUAGGGGGCAGCAACCUACGCGCCCCGCUGCAGGAGCUCCACCAGAUGAUCAUGACUCCUAUCAAGGCUUUCGGCGGCGGCGAGGAGGCCUCCCUGCAGCGCCCCCUGCUGAGCCCCGAGGGCAAGAGCGCCGCGCCCGGCUCCCACCUAACAGGGGGAGGCGGAGGGGAGGCCGAGUCUGGAACGAGCGUCAUCGCCGAGGGGGAUCUGCCCGGUCAGUUCACUCGUGUCAUGGGCAAAGUUUGUACCCAGCUGCUGGUGUCAAGGUCAGACGAGGACAACAUCAGCUCCUACCUACAACUCAUCGACAAGUGCCUUAUCCACGAGUCCUUCACCGAGACGCAGAAGAAGAGGCUGUUGUCAUGGAAACAGCAGGUCCAGAGGCUGUUCCGGUCCAUUCCGAGGAAAACUCUCCUUGACAUAGCAGGGUACCGACCACAGAGGAGCCGUUUUGGCCAGUCCAACUCCCUCCCCACCACCGGCUGUGUUGGUGGCAGCGUGUCGACCAGGAGGAGCCUCCACCAGUUCCAGAUGCCCUCCAGGAGCUUGCCGGGUGCCAGGCUGGGCCUGCUGGGCAGCGGGGGGCUGCUGGGACCGACACCUCGCAGCUCCAGCAGCACACCCACCGGUCCCAAGCAGGGGAGACAUGGUCCGUGGUUUGCCAACCCUGGAGGAAGCAACAGCAUGCCCAGUCGGACCCACAGCUCCGUGCAGAGGACCCGCUCGCUGCCGGUUCACACCACGCCACAUACCAUGGUCAUGUUCCAACAAGCUGAUCUUCAGCUGCCGGUGACGGAGCCAGACAUCAACAAUCGCCUUGAGUCUCUGUGUUUGAGUAUGACAGAGCACGCUUUGGGAGACGGUGCCGACCGCACAUCAACCAUAUGAAACGAGGAUCUUUGUGAGAGCAGCAGGACAGCGCCGGUUCACGAGGCUCUCUCACCAUAAGUCACCUGGAGGUCACCAGCCCUCCCGUCCCCUCUCCCUGUAGCCGAUGGUAGAGCUCAACCAAAGGACCGGGCGGGAUCCAAGACACACCAGAGGGCCGAUCACCACACGGCUAACACAAGCUACCACAUUGGCACCGUCCAUCGGGUCGGAAAAACACACCUCCUACUCCGCCAGCACCCUCACAGUCACCUGGCUGAGGAGAGAAGAGAAAAGCAUCGGCCCGGACAGAGUGCCAACAGCGCCCCCCCGAGGAGGCCGGAAGCAGCGCUGCAGCCCCAGCCCAGGGGAGACGCUGGCCGGUGGAUCAGGGCUCAGUGAGGCUGAGGCCCCCUCCCUCCCCGACACCGUCUGGUCCCCACACAUCGACCACAGCUCGUGGCAUCCUUCAAACCCAUCACAGUACCUCAGACCCCAGAACGAGACGAGACGAGCAGAGCCACGAGGAUGCACAAGGAAAGUUUGGGAUUUCCUGGACUGUCUUCAGCAGAGGACUGAGUGUCCAGGAGGAGGCUUGUAGAGCUCAGUAUUGGGUGGCAAAUCAAACAUUUAUUUGUGCUGUAUGUAUUUAUUGUUUACAUAAUGAUGCUACUUUCAGAGGGUACAGAAACGUAUGAAUUUCAGGUAUGACUUGUGUGAUUUUCUGUAAAGCCUUGGCUGUCUACAAGCUUUACGCCCCCACGAGUAGCCAUCACACUAGUUUACAACUAACGCGCUUAUUCUUUAUUUUGGUGUUGGCUUGAACAUUUAUGGAGAAAAGAGAGCGAGAGAGAAAGCAACGGAGGUUAGAGCAGAGAGACGAAGAUGUGGAGAAAGACUCAGAAAGUGGUAGAAGAAAGAAUCGAGCUGAGGUGAUUCUGGAAAGGGAAGCGGAUGUUUGAACGAGAAAGACAUCAGAGGCAGGACCUUUGAUGGGCUGAAGAUGAUGGAGGGAGAUGAUGUCAUGUCUAAUGGCGGUGGAGGAAGUGGAUUUCAGUCACACAUUGUUCAUCCACAGCAUGUACUGUAUGAACUCUUUGAAUUCAGAGCCUUUUGCGGGCGCAGAAAAUGUAGGUUUUUUGUUUUUUUUUUUAUAAAAAUGGGAGAUACAUAGUGGGAUCUGUCUGCAUGUUUCAGAUACUGGGGUUUUCUAAAGCAGGGUGAUACGCUAACGGCUGCAUGUUACAACUAAAUAUCUUUCUUGGAGAGGAGGAAGAUUGUGGAGAGGAGAAGAUGGCAGGAGAAGCAGGAGGUGGAUUCGGUUUGCACUCGGAUCGUGUUGCAACAUUGGAAUUAAAACAAACAAAAAAACAGUCAAUCCAUGAAGGGUAGUUUUCCCAGAGAUUGUCUCUUUAGUGCUUACCUCCACCUGCUGGCCGACGCAGUCAUGGCAGGACAGACGCUGAAGGAGACGCAGAGAAGACAAAGAUCUGAGGAAACAUCAGAGCUGUUAGGAUUUCCCUCAUAGAUCGUUUGUAUAUCUUCAGUCUGUCCUGUUAGCGCCGGCCUACAUGGAAUUUCAUUUCUUUAUUUUCAUCCUGAAUCUCAUGGUUAUUCUGUGUCUUAAUAUUUAUCCUCCGUUUUUUUGUGUCUGGAGUAGGUUUAUAUUGGAAUAAGCUGGUUAGUAACUCCCCGCUGUGCUGCGUUCAACAGAGCACGCGAGUCUGAACGGACGUCGUUGAGGGUUGUUGAUUAUUGUUGUUUAGUUUCUUCAUUAGUUUUUAUGCAGUUCUGUAGUUCUUCCUUUGUAUCCUGCACUUGAUAUGAUAAUGUGAUACACUAAAAAUCCAGACUGAGCUUCAAUCUCAGAGGACAGACAGAAGUCGAGCAGUAAAACCACAACAGGUGGUGGUGUUGAAUCCCCACAGCAGAGAUAAAGAGUUCUGUCUGAAUGUGGAUGUUGGAGUAGAAAAUAGUUUCCUGUACGUUCACGUCAUUUCGGCCCAGACUGAAUUAAUUCACACAGUUCGUCGAUACCAGAGUUUGUGCAUGUUUUCGUUCGUUUACUGUCAUUUACAUAUGCGUGAUGUUGCUGUCUGAAUGUUUUUCCAAACUUCCAGUCAAACAUAACUUUCUAGUUAAAUUAUGAGUGUUAAAAUGUCAUUUAGUCUUCACUUAGAAAGUUAAUGAACCAAGAAAUAUGCGUGUAUAUUUUGUUUGAGAGCUGCAACAUUAUUGAUUCAUGUUUUCAAUUAAUCAUUUAAAAGGCAGAAUAUUUAAAAUCUCUCUCCAGUCAUCAAUUAAACCCCUAAAAACUCAUCUUCAUGUAUCGAAAUUACAUAUUUAGAAGUUUUUUUUCAUGAAAAUAGUUAAAUCCCACCUUGAAAUGGCUCUUAGAUGCAGCUCUACACCACUGCUUAUUCUAGAAUGUGCAGAUCUAUUAAGUUCAGCUCAAACAUCAUAAAACUGCUUUACACAAUUACAAGUAAUUUUGGAGUAAUUCAGCCUCUUGUGUUUAAGAUUCUAAUGAUACAGAAAACUCCAUCUUGCAAGUCGACAGGAUUGGUUCCACAGAUUUGUUACGUACGAAACCUCAGAAGUCUGGUUCUAUGUUUUCAAGACUUAGUUUCAAGGUGGAAAUACACCAUAUGGACAUGUAAACAAGGAGAAAAAUAAAAGAUUUUCACUGGAGGGGCUCUUUAAAGUAGUGAAAAUGUGAUUUCCUCAAUAUCCUUGUUUUAUCUAAACACCUCUAAAAUGUUAGGAUGUUUAGUUUACUUGGAAAUUUUGUAAUUUGUCAUCAAAUGUCAUUUUUGCAUGAAGAAUAACUGGAUAAAUAGAUUAACUGAUUGCCGUAAGUGUUACAGAUUAAUUGAUUUAAUUAAUCAUCCAUGUGCUACAGCUUUGGCCGUGGUGUUUUUUUUUUGUUUGUUUUUUUUUUUUUUUAAAAAACAUCUCCACCUAUAAAUGAAGUACAAGCCUGAUUUUGAGAUGUUCUCUGGCACGAUUCACCUCAGAAAUCACUGGGAAGUUUGGAAAAACACGAUACAGAAAUCUAAAACACUACACAACUCUUAAAAAGAGGCAGCAAAGAUGUGUGUGAUUCAAGUUAAAGGAACAAAAACAUGCAUAAAUUCUGCUACGGUGUCUGGGGCCCAAACUAAAAGUGGUUUCAGGUCAGUUAUGGCGGCUUAAAGCUUCAGUCUGGAUCUGAGCAAACACCAUCGCUACAGAUAAAGUGUUUGCUGGUAGUUUUACAGCAGCUGAACCUUUUAAUGUCACCAAAGCAUGAAUGAAUCCUUCUAAUCCCGAGUGGUUAAACUGAUGUUACACCUUCGAUAGCUUUGUGUUUUUUGUUUAUUUACCGAUGCUCCUCGAUAAGAAGCAGCAUCAGGAUCUCAUAUUCUUUCAGUGUCACUGCCAUAUGAAUCAGUACUUAAAGUAGAAACAAUUAUUUAUUCUUUUUUUCAUAAUUUUUGCAGAGGCGAUACUGAUCAUUUAGGUGUAUUAUUAUUAUUAUUUAAAGUACCAUAUGUAUUAACAUGUUAUGGCUGGUGACCAUACGUACAUCUCAAAUAUUAACAUAGUUAUUGUUGACUGACUGUUUUUUUUCUUUUAUUUUGUUGUUGCUGUUGUUGAACUAUAAUCUCGUUUGUAUCUAUCGGUGUCAUGUUCAGAUUUUUCAUUUGGACUGUCGGAGAGCAGGUCCGUCACAGAUUCGGUUGCAAAAUUCAACUGUCAGCAAAAAAAAAAACUGCGACGUGUUAGUCUUUUCAGGAAGUAGACCGGUCCAUUCUGGGCUUUACAGUAAAAUUAGAAUUUGAGAUGUGGACUGUGAAUUUAGUGCUGUUGGUUUAUCACGGCCUAACUGGUCCUGUGUGGGAGAAGCUCUUUGGUUUAUGUAUAUGUUGUUUUAAAGGAUAAAUUUGGCAUUAUUCUAUAUUUUUUCUAAACGAUAAAGAGCCCAUAUUCCGUUUUCCAUAAUUCCUUUAGCCUUUUUGUGCAUGUAAAAGGUCAGCAAACGUAAAAAGCCCAAAGAAAACACAGAAAACUCUGCUCCUUACCUGCUUGAAAUGCCUCGUUUUAAGUCCAGGAGUUUCUUAUGUUACUUAAUGACAUCAUCGUGUAACACAUUUGCUAGCUAAGUGGCUAAUUUGACAUGCAAAACACAGAAAAGGUAGCUGUCUUCUAUUAUUUCUUCGCUAGAGCUGCUUCUGCUUGAGCUACAUCCCCUUAUUCAGAGAGCUGAGGUUCAACUGACCAAUCAUAGCAGACGUGGCUUUUCAGGAGGCGGGGCUUAAAGACACAGGAGCUGAAAUGAAGCCCAUGUUUAGAUUUACUUAUUUCUUUCAGCUUUUUUGUGCAUGUAAAAGGUCUGCAAACCUAGAAAGCCCAAAAUAAACACAGAAAGCUCUGCUCGUUACCUGAUUGAAACACCUCGUUUGAAGCCCAGGCCUUUCUUAUGUUACUUAAUGACAUCAUCGUGUAACACAUUUGCUAGCUAAAUGGCUAAUUUGGUUCUCAAAACACAGAAAAGGCAUCUGCUUUGUAUAUUUUCCUCACUAGAGCUGCUUCCUUUCGAGCUACAUCCCUGUACUCAGAGGUUACUAAUCAACACUUCCUGUUUUUUGUCGGCUCAGCUGACCAAUCAGAGCAGACUUUGCUCCUCAGGAGGCGUUGCUUAUUGAGCCUGGAGCUGAAAUGAAGCGUUUCAGACAGAUGGUAAGAAGAGAAAUGUACAUUAAGAGGAAAAUAAUGUGUUUUUUGAACAUUAAAGCAUGUUAACAUAUUCUAGUAGACCACAAAAACACAAUUAUAAACCUUUAAAUGUGCAGAAUAUGGGCUCUUUAACGAAUCCCAUGAAAAGACUUGAUUCAAUAAUAUGUUACUCGCAGUACUUUACUGUAGUUUUCAACAAAAGUCACUCAAACAGGAGAGAAUCUGUUACAGACUAUUUUCAGCUGAGGUUUAAUACACGUUUUCUGCUCUAGUGGGUAUUUGUGGCAGCAGGAUGGAGUCAAAGUAAACUACGACGUGUUUACAGUAUUUAAAGAACACGCCACAUAUUUACUUGUUAGGAUCGACUAACGGCUCGUUUCUGUAUUUUUAUAUUCAGAAAAGGUAUCAGAACCUGCAGUCAAGCAACAUAAUCAAAGGGAUUAUCAAAACUAGUGUUUGUGCAGUAUUUUUUAUUUACGUUCAUAUCGCUGUGCCAUUUUUGAGUCAUAAAAGUGUUAGUGGAAAGUUCAGGAGAUUUAAACUAAAUCUCCUUCUUUUGUUUUCUAUAAAAUACUGUCUGGCAGCAUUCAAAUAACCCAAGUUCAUGUGAUUCUUCCAGGCGACAGAACAGUUCAGUUUCAGGAUUUGUUGUGUUUAGAAGCCGACGUCCUGCAGCGUCUAAAGAUUCGCCUCCUGAACUCAGAUCGAACCUGUGACGGGACAGCGGAGGGUUUCAGCUUUGAGGUCGGAUCAUUACACAUCUCUUCAAAACCAAAUGCUUGUUGUUUUUUUAAAUUUUCUAUUUGUUCUGAAUGCAUAUCAGCUCUGUGGGAGUGCUUCUAAUGCCGUGCACACUGCAGUAUUAACAGUUAGACAAACGCCUUGAUAUUCCAAAAACAUUUAAUGUACUUUAAGUCGAGACAUAUAUGCUGUUUUGUAUCUUUUUUUUUGUUGUCAUAGAUUCUGCAGUUUAGUCAGUUUAUGUCGAUAUGGGAUGCCAAGACUUCUUUUUGUUGUUUUUGUUUGUUUUUGUAAAUUCAGCAGUUCUGUAACAAAGUGUUACCGCUUGACUGUGCUCCUUUUACUUUACAUUUAGUUUUAUUUUAUCAAAGAGCCGAUGUCCUGUAUUGACUGCAGGCUUACGUAUAUAUUUGACAAAAAAAAGAAUAUUGUAUGUUUAAUAAUAAAAAUGAAAAAAACUCAAAAACGAAAAGAAAAAAUGCCGAAAAAAGAAACGAAGAAAAACCAGGAAGGACAAAAAAAAAUAAGUGUAAUUUAUAUUUUAAAAAACUGCAUGCACAAGGCUGGGAAAGUCAUAUUUAGAAUAACAAAUGGCAGUGCCUUUUUUGUACUCGAGACAUUUACCCCAAAUGUAAAUGGUUUUAUAUGGACUUUAAAAACUGUAACGUUGCAGGAAGAAACUAAAGACGGCCGGGUCGCGUUCACUCUGCAGCCAAGAGUCAGAAUUUAGAUUGUUUAACGUUCUGAUGUGAUCCAAGGAUUGUUUCAGGGAGUUAAUUAGCUGUUUUUUAAUAACUUUCUGAAUCAUUUUGAUGCCAAUAUUCUCAUAUUUUGAUUGUCUUUAUGAGAAGGGUGUAAAAAUGUUUAAAAAUGAUAAUUAAUUUAGCUCGUACUUGGUUCCAUUUCUUUCUCAUUCUGAUCAUUUAGUCCAUGUUUGGCCUAAUUAAUAACAAAUACAGUAAAACAAGGUUCUCUGCAUCUUCUAGAUAAAUCAGUCAUUUCUAGAGUACAAAAGGAGACUAAAGUCAAAUCAAAUUUCAUUUUUUUUGCAGCUAUGGAUUAUUUCCUUUAUCAGCUCAUCUGCUGAUUGUUUUUCUAAUUAACUGAUUGGUCCAAAAAAUGCAGAAAAUGAUCCGUCACAGUUUCCCAGAGCACUUAUUUAUCCAAUAAUGCCUCAAAUUUGCUGCUUUUCUGACCAAGUGUCUAAAACUUACAGAUGUUUAGUUCACUAUAAUGAAAGACAAACACAUUUGAGAUGCUCGAAUAUCAUUUAUUUGGCUUUAAUUGCGCUGCCUCCUAGACUGUAAUAGUCUUUAAAAAGCAACAUUUCACUGAAAAUAAUGUGAUUAUCUCGUUACUCUUUCACGUAACGGCAGAUCAGUUCCUCUGUUACAGACAGUUGAGCUGAAAACGUGUCAGGAAUCAGUCAGUGGACUCCUGAAGUGGAACAUUUAGCUGCAUCUUUCGCUGCGUCUUUAAAAACAUGCAUUAAAAUGUGCAUCAGAUCUUUAUCUGUGAUUCGAUGAGUGCUGCAGCUCCACCUGUAUCGUAGAGAGAGCCAGAAAUCUGCUCAUUAUGAUAAAAAACAUCACAUAUUUAGCACUUCCUGCUUCAUUCAGUCACAUUUCAGCCACUUUAUUCAUCAGAGUUACUGUUGAUGCUGUUCUAUUGGCAGGAGCAGCAUUUUCUGUUCAUUAGAAGCAGUAAAUUAUGAUGUCAUUGUAGUUAUUUUCUGCAUUAUAUAUGUAUACAUUGAUCUAUUUUACACAAAAAACAGUCUGAUGCACAGAUUUCUAAUUUCUACAACUGUUUCGACACUUUUUCUGAUUUAAAUGUUUGAAAAAGUGCAGCUUUGUUGCACCAGUUAAACUUCAUGGAGUAAAAUGUCAAAGCUCUCAGUUAAAUUUAGUAAUUUUUUGGAUGUUUUCCACUAAUUAACACAGCUUCUUAUCAGAUACGAGCUGCUUUAAAACUCUAAAUGUCUUGACUCUGGUUCUGCAGCGCGACCGUGAACCCGGACGUUGCUUUCUGCACUCAGUAGGUACUUCUUAAUGCUGAUAUGAAGUUAUGAAUUAUUCUGGUCUGUAUAAAAACAGAGGUGUGUGUGUGUGUGUGUGUGUGUGUGUGUGUGUGUGUGUGUGUGUGUGUGUGUGUGUGUGUGUGUGUGUGUGUGUGUGUGUGUGUGUGUGUGUGUGUGUGUGUGUGUGUGUGUGUGUGUGUGUGUGUGUCUGUGUGUGUCUGUGUGUGUCUGUGUGUCUGUGUGUGUGUCUGUGUGUGUGUCUGUGUCUGUGUGUCUGUGUGUCUGUGUGUGUCUGUGUGUCUGUGUGUCUGUGUGUGUCUGUGUGUGUGUGUGUGUGUGUGUCUGUCUGUCUGUGUGUGUGUGUGUGUGUCUGUGUCUGUGUCUGUGUGUCUGUGUGUGUCUGUGUGUGUGUGUGUGUGCGUGUGUGAAUACAUUCAUUUUCAACGUGUCUUGCUGUACUUUUUGUCGCGACGUACCAGAAUGCUGUGACUUGGCAUGCCCCGUUAUACAUAAAAAGAAAAAAACUAAAAUCCUC